AUGGCAAGGAGCGCAGACGUGGUGGCCAUGGACUGCGAGAUGGUGGGGCUGGGGCCCUUCCGGGAGAGUGGCUUGGCUCGCUGCAGCCUUGUGGACUACCACGGCUCCGUGCUCUAUGACAAGUUCAUCCGGCCCGAGGGUGACAUCACUGACUACAGGACCCCGGUCAGCGGAAUUACAGCUCGGAACAUGGAGGGGGCCACUCCGUUUGCCGUGGCCAGGCUGGAGAUCCUGCAGGUGCUGAAGGGCAAGCUGGUGGUGGGCCACGACCUGAAGCACGACUUCAAGGCGCUGAAGGAGAACAUGAGCAACUACGCCAUCUACGACACGGCUGCCGACCGGCUGCUGUGGCGCGAGGCGGGCCUGCAGAAUUGCCGGCGGGUCUCCCUGCGCGUGCUGAGCCAGCGCCUCCUCGGGCGGCGCAUCCAGGACAGUGUGCUGGGACACAACUCGGUGGAAGACGCCAGGGCAGCCAUGGAGCUCUACCGCAUCUCCAGGAGAAUUCGAGAGCAGUGA